AGUAGAAUCGAGAACUCUGUUACUGCAAGUUAACACUUAAAUUAUGAAAUUUAUAUAAAAAAGAGAUAAAACUAAAGAGAAACAAACACGUACGUUUAGUCAAAAAAAGCGAUAAGAUAAUUCCUGUUCUUUUUUUUUUGGUGGUAUAUAAAAGUGGCUGUUCUGCAAAACGGUCAGUUCAGUUGGCAAACGAAAUUGAAAGUGAAUUCUUCAAGUAAAAGCAAUGGCAUUUUGUUGUUUGAGUCUUUAUCUGAUUGGCGCCGUAGUGGCGUUAAUCUUGCUAUAUCUACAUCGUCGGUAUACCUAUUGGUCGCGACGUGGAGUGGUUCAGCUGAAUCCCAAAUGGAUCUAUGGCAACAUGGACAAGGUUGGCAAAACUCAAAGUCUCCGGGAUCCCUUCCGUGAGUUAUACAAUACAUUCAAGGGCAAGGAGAAAUUCGGUGGCUUUUAUGUGGGAAUGCGUCAGACGGCAGUGUUACUUGAUUUGGAUUUGAUCAAACUGGUGAUGAUCAAAGAUUUCCAGAACUUUGCCAAUCGCGGCAAUUACUACAAUGAACAAGAUGAUCCACUGAUGGCUCAUCUCUUUAACUUGGAUGGUCAGAAAUGGCGCAAUAUGCGAACCAAACUCACUCCAACAUUUACCUCACUCAAAAUGCAUCACAUGUAUCCGACAAUUGUGGAAAUCGGCGAUCGAUUUAUAAAUUUGAUGAACGAGGAAAUGCUUAAAGCUCGUGCCGUAUCCAACAAUGGUGAAGCAGCUGUUGAGGUCAAGGAUCUAUUGGCUCGUUUCACCACCGAUGUCAUAGGCAGUUGUGCCUUUGGCCUGGACUGCAACAGUCUCAAGGAUCCCAAUGCCGAGUUCCGUUCCGUAAGUCGGCGAAUGCUUGCACAACGUCGUCAUGGUCCCAUUGCCAUGAGUUUUAUGGGCACUUAUCCCAAUUUGGCUCGUAAAUUGCAUAUGAAAUUUCUUCCGGACUAUGCCGCAGAGUUUUAUUUACGUGUGAUUAAGGAAUCGAUAGAUCAUCGUGAUAAAAAUAAUAUCGAACGAGGCGAUUUCUUGAAUCUAGUGAUGGAGAUGCGUGAAGCUGUUGACGGAAUGACUUUUAACCAAAUAGCAGCUCAAUGUUUUGUUUUCCUUUUGGCUGGCUUUGAGACCAGUUCAAGCACCAUGGGUUUUGCUCUCUACGAGUUGGCUUUGAAUCAAGAUGUUCAAGAGAAAGCCAGACAGGAGGUUAAAGAGAUAUUAGCAAAACACGGUGAAUUUACUUAUGAGGCCAUGAAGGAAUUAAAAUACUUACAGCAAGUGUUGUAUGAAACCAUGCGCAAGUGGCCAAUUCUUCCUAUUUUAACUCGCCUAACCGAAAAGGAUUAUCCAGUUCCUGGCACUAACUCCCAAGUCUUUGAAGCUGGCACUCAAUUGAUUAUACCCGCUGAUGCCAUACAUCAUGAUCCCGAAAUCUAUCCCGAUCCGGAGAAAUUCGAUCCAGAACGUUUUAGCCACGACGCUGUGGAGAAACGUCAUGCCAUGACCUGGCUGCCGUUUGGUUCGGGUCCUCGGAAUUGUAUUGGUUCUCGUUUUGGUGAAAUGCAAUCGAUUGUUGGCUUGGCUCUGCUUCUAAAGAAGUUCAAAUUUCUACCAGCCAAAGAGACGCCCAUACCAUUGCAGCUCAAUAAAAAAUCUUUCCUAUUGACAUCCGAUUCGGGAAUCGUAUUGGAUGUUCAAUCGAUUUAGUUUCUUUAUAAUGUAAAUACUUCAUUUCAAAAUUGUUUUCAUUUUAUAAAUCUAAUAAAUCCAUAUUCAAUUAAUGCAAUAUUAA